UAAAGAGAAGCUAAAACGGCCUACCUAAGUUGCCUUCCAUUCCACGUUUCUUGCUCUUCAAAAGCACCAGUAUUUAGGGGCUUCUGCUUCCCAUAGUGCUUUUCUUUCUCUUAACAUCUGAAUCCAUCUUUCAGCUUAUACAACAACUUGUUCCCAUGGCUUCUUUUCUUUUAUUCCUCUGUAUCCAAUUACCCGUUCCCUUUCCUUAAGCUUUAUUUCUCUUUUGCUCCUUAGAAAAGCACGUUUUGCAUGAGUCUUUUCUGGUUCUGCUUUCUAUAUAAGGUGUUUUAAGAUCUGGGAGUUGAAGCUGUUGGUUGGAAGAAGCCAUAAAAGUUUGAGAGUUUGUGAGGAGUCUACCGAGGGUGGAUUGCGAAAAUACUUACUUUUCAAUCGGAACCAAGAUUUCGAAUCAAGGGUUUUAGACAAGAAUCAUUGGGGUUUUAGGGUAUCAUAAAAGGAAGAAAUGGAAAACGUUCCAGCUGGGAUUGUUGAGGAGGAUGAUCAGAUCUAUUUGCCGCCGGGAUUUCGAUUCCAUCCAACCAAUGAAGAGCUUAUUUCUCACUACUUGCACAAGAAGGUGAUCGAUACCAGCUUCUCUUGUAAAGCAAUUGGGGAGGUGGACUUGAACAAGUCGGAGCCUUGGGAAUUGCCUUGGAAAGCGAAAAUGGGAGAAAAGGAGUGGUACUUUUUUUGUGUGAGAGACAGAAAGUACCCAACUGGUCUGAGGACAAACAGGGCGACAGAAGCCGGAUACUGGAAAGCUACAGGGAAGGAUAAGGAGAUUUACAGAGGAAAAUCUCUGGUUGGGAUGAAGAAAACCUUGGUUUUCUACAAAGGAAGAGCUCCCAAAGGAGAAAAAAGUAACUGGGUGAUGCAUGAAUAUAGAUUGGAUGGUAAAUUCUCUGUCCACAACCUCCCCAAAACUGCAAAGAAUGAAUGGGUGAUCUGCAGGGUUUUUGAAAAGAAUUCUGGUGGCAAGAAAACCCAUUUUUCUGGAUUUGUGAGUUUGGGUUCUCUCGGAAAUGAAAUCGGUCCUUCUGGCUUACCGCCAUUGAUGGAUUCUUCGCCCUAUAGCGACGCCAAGGCCAAACCUGCUUCCGAGUCCCAUUACGUGCCCUGCUUCUCCAACCCUGAUCCCACUGAUGUUCAAGGAAACCAAGGGAAUAUUGUUGAUUGCAUGAACAACAAUACUCUCUUUGGUGUUUCUUCAAACACUUCAAACUCUUUCCCAAUAAUCCCAUUUCCCAAUUCAUUCUACUCUGCUCAUAAUGCUCCGAUUUCACCGAAUUUUCAGUUCCCGUGUUCAAAUUUACUGCAAGAUCAGUCCAUCCUGCGGGCCUUGUUUGAAAACAAUGCAGCGAACAUGAGGCAGCCUAGCUUCAAAACAGAGAGAGAAAUGGUGAGUGUGUCCCAAGAAACCGGCCUCACAAGCGAUAUGAACACUGAAAUCUCUUCGGUCAUGUCAAAUCUUAACAUGGCAAGAAGGCCAUUUGGUGUUCAAGAUCCUCCAACUGCAGCAGCAGGCCUGGAUAAUUUUUGGAAUUAUUAAUAAUUUCAAACCAGCAAAAUAAGGCUAAUAUAUAGUUUUAUUAUUAAAAAAAAAAAAAAAUGCAGCUUCAGCUAGUAUUAUUGGUGUGAGUUGAUAGUGUACAGAUAUUCUGAAUUUAAAGUGAAUAUUGAAUGAAAGUGAAGCAUAUAAUUAUGUAAUGCAAGAAAUUAUGUGAUGUAUUUGUUGUUCUAUUUAAUUUUUGUGUAAAAACAUUGUUGGUGACAUAUGAGAAUUAGAUUCAGUUGGUGGUAA